AGGUCCUUCACCCCAUGAUGGGGACAGGAACGUCCCUGAGGUCCUUCACUCCAUGAUGGGGACAGGAAUGUCCCUGAGGUCCUUCACCCCAUGAUGGGGACAGGAACGUCCCUGAGGUCCUUCACCCCAUGAUGGGGACAGGAACGUCCCUGAGGUCCUUCACUCCAUGAUGGGGACAGGAAUGUCCCUGAGGUCCUUCACCCCAUGAUGGGGACAGGAACGUCCCUGAGGUCCUUCACCCCAUGAUGGGGACAGGAAUGUCCCUGAGGUCCUUCACCCCAUGAUGGGGACAGGAACGUCCCUGAGGUCCUUCACCCCAUGAUGGGGACGGGAAAAAGCACCUUUUUCCCUCUCAUUCCUCACUUUUUUCCUCAGAAAUGGCCUUUUUCUCUCUCAAAUCUUCGUUUUCUGGAAAAAAAUGAAUUAUUUUCUCAAAAAACCCUUUUUUCCCCUCGAAAACCACUGCAAACUUCUAUUUUUAUCAAAUAAAUCCUUCAUUUCCCCUCAAAACUCCCCUUUUUUCUAUCAAAACCCCUCUUUUUCCUCCCCAAAAGCACUUUUUUUCCCCCAUAACUCUUCACUUUUUUCCAGUUCCUCAAAUUUUCCCUCUAAUUUCUCACUUUUUCUCAGAAAUGGCCUUUUUGUCCCUCAAAUCUCUUUGUUUCCUGGAAAAAAAAUGAAUUCUUUUCUCAAAAACGCUCUUUUUCCCUCAGGAAAUCGCUGCAAACUCCAAUUUUUAUCAAAUAAAUCCUUUUCUUCCCCUCAAAACCCCAUUUUUUCCCUCAGAAAUUGCUGCAAACUCCAAUUUUUAUCAAAUAAAUCCUUUAUUUCCUCUCAAAAUCCCUCUUUUUCCCUCAGAAAUCGCUACAAACUCCAAUUUUUAUCAAAUAAAUCCUUUUCUUCCUCUCAAAACCCCAUUUUUUCCCUCAGAAAUUGCUGCAAACUCCAAUUUUUAUCAAAUAAAUCCUUUUCUUCCCCUCAAAACCCCAUUUUUUCCCUCAGAAAUCGCUGCAAACUCCAAUUUUUAUCAAAUAAAUCCUUUAUUUCCCCUCAAAACCCCUUUUUUCCGCCCUUUUUCCUCCCCAAAAGCACUUUUUUUCCCCUCAAUUUUCUCCUCUCCUCCCUUCUUUUCUCAAAAAUGACUUUUUUUUCCCCUCGAAUGUCUUUGUUUUCUGUAAAAAUGAAGUAUUUCCUCAAAGUCCCUUUGGUUUCCCUCCAAAUUCAUCCCCGGAAGUUCCGGGAGCGCCGCUGCCAAUGGGGGGGAACCCAACGAUCCGGGGGAGCGCUCCAAGGUGGGAGGGGGGGAACCCAAAGGGUGACGGAACCCAAGGAUUGAUGGAUCCGAAGGUUUGAGGUGAUGGAACCCAAGGUUUGGGGUG